AUGUUCAAGGCCCUCAUCCAGUCAUGGUUUGCGGAGUCCAUCAGUGACAUUGUGGUCUUUACUGACCACAGGGCUCCAGCACCCUCCGAUGACUUCUACCACUACUACUACCACCAUGACUACUACUACCACCACGACUACUACUACUACCAUGACUACUACCACCAUGACUACUACUACCACCAUGACUACUACUACAACCAUGACUACUACUACCACCACUACUACUACCACCGUGACUACUACUACCACGGCUACUACUACUACCAUGACUACUACUACUACUACUACCACCACUACUACUACCACCUGCUAAUGGACCACGCUUGCAUCACAGCGAGCGAGCACAGAAAAGCAAAACAGCAACACCACGACUACUACUACCACCACGACUACUACUACCACGGCUACUACUACUACCAUGACUACUACCACCAUGACUACUACUACCACCACUACUACGACCGUGACUACUACUACUACCACCAUGACUACCACCGCGACUACCACCGCGACUACUACUACCACGACUACUACUACUACCAUGACUACUACUACUACCAUGACUACUACCACCACGACUACUACUACCACCAUGACUACUACUACCACCACUACUACGACCACGACUACCACCAUGACAACUACUAUCACCACGACUACUACUACUACCAUGACUACCACCGCGACUACUACUACCACGGCUACUACUACUACCAUGACUACUACCACCACGACUACUACUACCACCACGACUACUACUACCACCAUGACUACUACUACCACGGCUACUACUACUACCAUGACUACUACCACCACGACUACUACUACUACCACGACUACCACCAUGACUACUACUGCAAAUAG